UUACGUGAUAAAUAUUCAUUUGACAAGACGUACGUUUGCUUAAACAGAACAUCGUUUGUAUAAGUUAUGCGACGUGUUAUGAACUGCUAAUUGUUGUUAUUAUAUAAUAACACAUUCCGAGGGCAAAACGAGACAUUUUAGCCGUCAUGAAACGACUUAUGUUGAGUGACGUAAUGUUAACGGCUGCGCACUUUCACUUUCAGUUUUACCUCACGACAACGCGCCCAGACUCACGUUGCGUUCAUAUCCACUUGCAGAUGCUCAACCACGGCAGAUGAAUCAGACAGACUGACCUCUGACCAGCUAACAUCGCAAAGAUGAUAAAGUGUCUGUAUUUCACCUCCCUUACAUUUGUCAUAUUAUUAUCUGGUCUUUUGGUCGUCAACCAUGGAAAAACCAUGUCGCCUUUCCCCUGGAAUAAGAUGAGGUUGCCAGACACUGCGAAACCCCACCAUUAUGACCUGCUGAUCCAUCCCAACCUCACCUCCCUGACCUUCACUGGAGCUGUUGAGAUCCUCCUGGAGGUUGAGCGCGACACCCGAGCUCUCAUUCUCCACAGCAAGAGGCUUCACGUCUCCAGAGCGUUGCUCUUGGCCUCCAGACGUCCUCUGGAUCUUCAAGUCAGUGAGUUUGAACCCCAUGAACAGAUAGCUCUCUUCUCUGAUGGUCUGACGUUUGCGCGGGGAAGCCAUGUUGUGCGGCUGGAGUUCUCGGCCAACUUGUCCGACAGUUUUCAUGGGUUUUAUAAAGGCACGUACACCACAAGCAGUGGAGAGGUCAGGAUGAUGGCGUCUACUCAGUUUGAAGCCACCCACGCCCGAGCCGCCUUCCCUUGUUUUGAUGAACCUGAAUUCAAAGCCAACUUUACAAUCCGCAUUCAAAGAGAGUCAAGACACAUUUCCAUAUCCAACAUGCCCAAGUCGAAAACUGUAAAACUAAGUAACGGACUACUAGAGGAUCAAUUUGACACGACUGUGAAGAUGAGCACCUAUCUGGUGGCCUUCAUCAUCUGCGACUUCCAUUCCAUCAGUAAAAAAAGCCAGCAUGGAGUCGAGAUAUCAGUGUAUACUGUUCCUGAGAAGAUCAGUCAAGCAGAAUAUGCUCUCAACACCGCCGUCACACUGCUAGACUUUUAUGAUGAUUAUUUUGACAUCCCCUAUCCACUUCCCAAACACGAUCUCGCAGCAAUCCCAGACUUCCAGUCUGGUGCGAUGGAAAACUGGGGCCUGUCGACGUACAGGGAAAGUGGGCUUCUCUUUGACCCUAAGAAAUCUUCGUCCUCUGACAAACAGGGCAUCACUAAAGUUAUCGCCCAUGAACUGGCCCACCAGUGGUUUGGGAAUCUGGUCACGAUGCAGUGGUGGAAUGAUCUGUGGUUGAACGAAGGUUUCGCAAAGUUCAUGGAGUUUGUGUCGGUCAACAUCACCCACCCUGAGCUGCAAGUGAGUGAUUAUUUCAUGGGGAAGUGUUUCAAUGCCAUGUCCGUCGACUCUUUAAGCUCCUCCCAUCCUAUAUCAACCCAGGUGGAGAAUCCUGCUGAAAUCAGUGAGAUGUUUGAUGACGUCUCGUACCAGAAGGGAGCAUGUAUUUUAAACAUGCUGAGGGAUUUCUUGAGCCCGGAAGCUUUUAAGUAUGGCAUUAUACUAUACCUGAAGAAACACAGCUACCGUAACACUGUCAACUCCGACCUUUGGGAAAGUCUAACGAAUAUCUGCACUUCUGGAUCAGAUUCUGGAAGACUGAAACUCGAUGGAUUCUGUUCCAAAAACCCUUCUGAAACUCCAGCAUCUAAAUGGUUUAUGGAAGACGGUGUGGACGUGCAAGCUAUUAUGGACACCUGGACGCUGCAGGAGGGCUUUCCUUUGAUUACUGUGGAGGUCAAAGGUCGAGAGGUCACGCUCAAACAGGAGCGUUUCCUUAAGGGAGCAGAAUCUUCAAAGAGUUCACAGGGCCGAGUCCUCUGGCAGGUUCCUUUGACGUACAUCACCAGCCACAGUCGCACAGUCCAACGGUUCCUGCUGAAAAGUGAACGAGAUGUGUUAUACCUGCCGGAGGAGGUUGAAUGGGUUAAAUUUAACGUGGACCUUCGGGGGUUUUACAUUGUGCAUUAUGAGUCGGGCGGGUGGGAUGCAUUGAUCAAACAACUUCAGCGGGACCACACCGUGUUCAGCAGCAAUGACAGAGCCAGUCUCAUUCACGACAUCUUUCAACUGGUCAGCAUUGAGAAGGUUCUUCUGGAUAAAGCUCUGAAUCUCAGCGUGUAUCUCAGUAGAGAGUCUGAGAUCAUGCCGGUAACGCAGGGCUUCGGCGAGCUGGUGCCGCUUUACAAACUCAUGGAGAAGAGAGACAUGGAGGAACUCGAGAACCAAAUGAAGGGUCAUUUAGUGAAGUUAUUCCAGAGAUUGAUAGACAGUCAGAGCUGGUCAGAUGAGGGUUCUGUGUCGGAGCGUGUACUCAGGAACUAUCUGCUGUUGUUCGCCUGCAUACGCCGUUACCCGUCAUGCGUCAGCACUGCCACAGAUCUCUUCCAGAAGUGGAAAGAAUCUGAUGGCAAAAUGUGGCUGCCUGCUGACGUCAGUUUGGUGGUGUUCACCGAAGGAGCACGUACAGAUGAAGGAUGGGACUUCCUGUUGGAGAAAUACGUGAAGUCUGUCUCGCCUUCAGAGAAGAGUCUGAUCAAAGCGGCUCUGUCCUACAGUCCUCUAGCACAUAAACUUGAGUGGCUGCUGGAAAAGAGUAUAGACGGACAGAUACUGAAAACUCAAGAUCUUCCGUCACUGCUUAUCAGCGUCAGUAAAAACCGAAAAGGUUACAAACUAGCCUGGAGGUUUCUGAAGGCCAACUGGGGUAAACUGGUGAAAAAGUUUGAUCUCGGUUCAUCUGCGAUAUCUCGCAUGGUUGUGGGAGUGACGGAUCAGUACUCCACCAGAGAAAUGCUUAAAGAGGUUGAGUUUUUCUUCGGAUCACUGACACAGGAACAGGGAUCUGGACUCCGCAGUAUUCAGCAGGCCCUGGAGAAGAUCCAGCAGAACAUUCGCUGGAUGGACAAGAACGUCCUACCACUGAAAGAUUGGCUCGAUACACAGAGUUCAUGAGGCUCAUGACUCCUGAGAAAUUCUGAACAUUUGUUUAGACUUGAACGUGUCUAUUUAAUCUAGAAGUGUAUUUGGACAAAGUGUUCUUGACAGCUUAAAGCAAAUUUGUUUUUUAAUCUAAAUUAAAGUUUUGAGUUCAAUGAAUUCAAACAAAUACAAAUUGACUGAAUCUUUCUAAA